UCCACGGGGCCCGGACAAUAUACCCUUGGCCAGACCUGUUGGCCCUGACGUCACCUGUACCCUGGGUAUAUAAGGCCCUCCUGGCAGACCCGCCGCCAGUCAACCCGCAGAAUUCGAGCCAGCAAGAAUGAGACAGCUUGUAGUGAUUGUGGUGCUUGCCGGAACGGCCUUGGCUCUGCCUCAGGGCGCCCGGGAUAACACCUUCACCAAGAUUCUCUCAUUCGAGUCGUACCAGGACGGCAGCAAUUUCGGCCACGAACUCGCUCAGGAGGACGGAACGACCUCCGGUCAGAAGUUCGGCCCUGACGGAAACCUGUACGGAUUCUAUUCUUACGUUCAAGAUGAUGGCAAUCGCGUCAAGGUGCUGUGGAGGGCAGGUCAAGGCAUCGGCUACGAGGUCAUCGGGGUAGAGGGCUUGAACCAGGAGGGUCUUGGUAAUCUGAGGGCACACGGGGGAUCCAAUCCGGAACCUGUCGCAGCCCCUAGACCCGCUGCCCCUAGACCCGUAGCCCCUAGACCUGUAGCACGCUCCAGGCCUGUACCCGUUGUACCCGAGGUUCCAGCUGUACCCCACGUCCCCGCUCCAGUCCACGUCCCUGCUCCCGUCCAUGCCCCUGCCCCCGUUAGAGCCCCAGCCCCUGCCCUGCAUGCCCAGGGACACUUCAUACCCACACCCACCCCAAUUAUACCCUCACAUGCCCCAGCUUUCCACCAAGAGCCCACCCCAUCGCCACACAGGUUCGACUACCCAGCCGUGCUUAACCUGGAAAGAACAUCAAGCGGGUUCGUAUCCUCCUUGCAAGCGGUGUGAGAAGGCGUCGGGGUUUGUACAGUCUAUUAUAAAAUUAUAUUUUGCCUCUUGUAGAGACUAAAUGAUUUAAUAAAAGAUUCCUCCUUUUGUA